CAAAAUAAAUUCUCUAAUAAAAAACUCGCAAGCACCCACUUUUAUAUACUGAAAGAGAAACUUGUGAAUAGAUGUUUUGCCAUUGCCAAAACCAAAACGAAUGUCCUUCCUUCUGCCGCUCAAAGCGAAGCUUAGGGCAUUUAAUCUUUAAAUUAAAAAUAAAAAAGCCCCUUCAAUACACAUUUCAUUAAAUUCUUGAAUUGAUUAAUAAAAAUUUGAUUUUUUUUUACAGACCCUAUCUAUUCCCUUCCAUACCCUGCAUUAUUCCUUUCCUAAUAAUUCCCGGGUAAAGUUCAAUCUUUUGGUUUUGUGUUCUUUUUUUUUUAGUGGAAUAAUCUUUAGUGGGUAUUGGCCAAAUUCGGGCUUUUUGACUAUGUCUUUGUUCUUUCGGGUAUUGUAGGAGCUGCUCGUUGAUGGGUUGGAGACAGUUCUUGCUGUCGGUGUUCAAAAUCGGCAAUUUAAGUUUCUAGAUUCAAAGUGUUGCAUCUAGUAACUUGUUACUAGCUGGUUGAUCGAGGAAACGGUCAUGCUUCUGUUCCAACCCAUGAUUUGCAGAAUCUUUUCAUAAAACAUUUGCGUAUUUUGGGAAUGGACUGGUUGUUUUUAUCUGCCAUCAAGAUUUAUAAAUGAUGUUCUGGGGGCAAAGGGCUGCAAAUGCUCUUGGCAUGUUUAGGUUGAGAUGGGGUGGUGAAUCCUCUUUGACAACAGGCUUACUAGGUGAUGUGCCUCAUGAGAUUGAGGUGUCUGACUAUGGAAGAUUACCAGCUAGUCCUCGUAGCGAAUGCCCUUCAGGGCUUCUCAAUGGUGAGAGUCUAAAUGUGGAACCGAUUGCUGACUUGGACUUGUUUUUCGAGCGGCUCUAUAUCUACUAUUGUGAAAAGGGGCUUUGGUGCAUAAUUAUAAAAUGGAUAGUUGAACUUCUGAGUGUGGGCUUUACCAUAUGUUUCUCAGGGUUUUUCUUAUUGUUUGUUGAUUGGAAUGGUCUCCACAAUGCAAAAUGUGGGAUGGAUGCGGUUGAGUCUGGAACUAAACCGUGUGAUCUUGCUAAGGAAGCACUUCAAGAGCACCCAUUAACUCCCUUAACACUUUCAAAAGCUAUUGUUGUUGGAUAUUUGGUGCUUUUUUCCGUCUAUUGGGUAUUCUGUUUUUUGAGGUUUUUUGCACAAUUAAAGGAUACCCUCGGUAUGCAACAUUUCUUUUAUAACAGUCUCCAUAUUACCGACAGUGAGAUUCAGACCAUGCCUUGGGCAACGAUACUUGAAAGGGUUGUCCGAUUACAAAGUUCUUCACAACUCUGUGUGGUCAAGGAUCUUUCUACUCAUGAUGUGGUUAUGCGAUUGAUGCGGAAGGAGAACUACUUGAUUGGAAUGCUUAAUAAAGGAGUGCUUGCUUUUCCUAUUUCACCUUGGGUUCCAGGUGCUGGUCCAACUGUCAAAUUUGGCUCUGGUGGAACGCGACAUCGUCUGAUCCUGACAAAGUCACUUGAAUGGACCUUAAAUUGGUGUAUAUUGCAAAGCAUGUUUGACCGAAACUUUUGUGUUAGAAGGGACUUCAUUACUAAUCCUAGAACAUUGAAGAAGAGGCUUAUAAUUGUUGGGCUUACUAUGCUUCUACUCUCUCCAUUUCUCGUCAUAUUCAUGCUGGUUUAUCUCUUCUUAAGGCAUGCUGAGCAAUUCUAUAAUCAUCCAAGUACAGCUUCUUCUCGAAGAUGGUCUAAUUUGUCAAAAUGGAUGUUUAGGGAAUUCAAUGAGGUUGAACAUUUAUUUAGGCAUCGGAUUAAUAGCAGUGUAAUGCAUGCUUCCGAGUACCUAAAGCAAUUUCCCUCACCGGUUAUUUCCAUUAUCGCAAAAUUUAUCUCAUUUGUAUCUGGCGGCUUUGCUGCUGUCUUGAUCAUCAUUGCCUUUGUGGAAGAAUCUUUGCUAGAGGGCCAUAUAUUUGGUCGGAACUUGUUUUGGUAUGCAGCUAUUUUUGGAACCAUAACAGCAAUUAGCCGGGCUGCUGUUGCAGAUGAACUUCUGGUCCUUGAUCCAGGAGGAGCAAUGUCUAUGGUGGUACAGCAUACACAUUAUAUGCCGAAGAGAUGGCGUGGUAAAGAAAACAUCAAAACAGUCCGUAUAGAGUUUGAAACUCUAUAUCAGUACACUGGAAUGAUAUUGCUAGAGGAGAUGGCCUCGAUUUUCCUCACUCCAUUGUUGCUUCUAUUUGUUGUCCCAAAGCAGGUGGAUGACAUUUUACAGUUCAUUGCCGAUUUUACCAUAGAUGUUGAAGGUGUCGGUCAUGUUUGCAGUUUUAGUGCCUUUGAUUUCCAAAACCACGGAAAUAGCAAAUAUGGGUCUCCACACAAUGUGCCUCGUGCACAAAGGAGUUCCCAAGGGAAAAUGGAGAAGUCAUUCUUGAGUUUCCAGAGUAGCUAUCCUUUGUGGGAACCGGAUGCUCAGGGUAAGCAGUUCCUGUCAAAUAUUAGAAUUUUCAGGGAGCAAAAGUUGCAAGGGCAAGGAACUGGACACACAUAUUCUGUGGAUAGAUUGUGGCGUGGUAGCCCACAGAGAGCUUACAGAGAUAGAAACGGCCUUUCAUCAAGAGAAAUGCAACACAAUAUUCCGGGCUCCGGCAAUGAUUCGAGGUCUUCAUGGAUAAUUGAUGCUGUUCAAAAGAAUCACCCGUGUCUUCUCGAUUGGUAUUAUACCUCUCGACCUCACCAUGUGAGAAGUCAUAGGAGAGACACCACAACAAGGCAAUUUGAACUGGCCGAGCAACAGCAUGGGGACUAUUGGGGGCCAACUAGCCUAGCACAUAAUGAAGGAAUAGAUGAAGAUCACUGGCUACACCACUAUGACAAUUGGCCGCAGUCGCAACUUGAAGCUUCGACAUCAGCUCCUUUCUUCCAUGACAGUGUACUUCAGCAUCAUGAUGCAAAUGACUUGGCACACCAUACAUGGAGCCAUUGGUGGGACCGAAGUGGCUUGCACGGUUCACAGCCCCAAGCAAGUUUUCUUGAGCCUCCCGAUUUCAACCGCUAUCCUGCAGACUGUCAGUACAAUAACUUAUCCGAGAGAAGCAUACAAGGGCAAGAUCAAUACCUUGAUUGGCGGGAUUCUCGGAGGUUAUCCCAUAUGUCUUACAUGGACGAUCUUGAAGCUGGAGGGGACAUAAAUCUUCAUUUUGACGGUAUCUAUACCACAUCUCCCGAAUCUCCCACCGUAAAUUUAAGGCCCCCGGGCUUCCAUUAAUCAAAGAAGCUUUAGUUUCUGGAUUGGUACUUACCUUCAGAUGAAUGGAAUGGAAAUCAAAUUCCAACUUUCCAUAUUCAUUGUUGUAUAUAUAUAUAUAUAUUCAUUAAGAGGUUCAUUUCUUUAAGGCCUAAACUCCAUUUUAGGGUAACAUAUUGCACACCAAUUCAGUGUUAGCCUUUUGAUAUGUAUAAACGAACAAUUGUAAGCCAUUGAUCGAUUCAAAUGAUUCAUUCAAAUC